AUGUUCUCCUUCUCCAAAAUCGUCUCCUUCGUAUUAUUGGCCCUCUUCCUGUCUUCUGUGUCAGCUGGACUCAUUCGUGUCCGUCGCCAGAACUACUAUUCCAGUGGAGUCGUCAACAACAUGGUCUCGGAUCCACUCAUCGGAGGAUCCACAUCUCUCGGAUGGGCUCAAGUCCCACAUGUCUACAGUCCAAUGUUCUCGCCAGUCUUCGGAAAAUAG